ACCCAUGGGGGCAGUUCUACCCUUUUCCUACAGGGUCAUCAUGAGUCAAAAGGAGCUACUUGGGAAGUCAGUGGGUUACCACAAGUCAGGAACACCAAGCAAUGAGGAUGCAAGUCAUUGGUCCACAGCAACACCUCUCCCCAGCCAGCAGCCAAGUCUCUGUGAUCCUCCACCUCUCAGCUAUGUGGUACAUUAGCCUUUGCCUCCAGGGGCCAGGAUACCAGCCUGCCUGCCACACUGUUCUCACAGUUCCACAGCCUCAGGCUAGAUGAAGAUAGUGCAUAGUUUCAAUGCUGCUCCUCUUAGCCUUAUUGUCACAAUCUCUGGUGCAUCUGGUCUCUGUGGCUACUGCCCUCUGCCGCCACUUCAGAGAGAGAUCUUGGACUCACUCUUCUGAAUGGCCCUGCAGUUUUUCUGUGUCCCAGAUGGCUCUUAUUUACUGAGGGAUGGCUCUCGUGGUUUGUCUUUUAGCUGACUGUACCUCCAAGGAAAAGGAAAGAUGGUGCCUUAAAGAUGCCCCCCCAGAAACAAGGGGUGUGACUUGAUCCAUACCCUGAACUAAGAACAGGGUUAGCCCCACCUUAAUCCUGUCACAGGGAACACCUUCCAAAAUGAGAUCUAGCCUAAGGCAGAGAAUCCAGAAUUAUAAUACAUCACAUAAGGAAUUAUGGUCAGAAGGGCCAUAAUCAUUGACUGUAUCUCAACACGUAAGGGCCAAGUUUGUAAAUAGUUUAUUACUUAACACAGUUUUUGAAAAUGUAGAAUCAUUAAUUAAUUUAACAAUUACUAUAACUUGAAUAUAUUCUAAACUAUGUGAUUGGUUCACCCAUAAAUAUGGGUCUCUUUAACUUCCCUAAUAAAACCCCUUAAUGCUGAGCUUUGUCUGUGAGUUCCAGGUGACGACCCUCCUGCUAUCUGGAAGUUCCUAUGAAGCUUUUGUAAGCCAAUAUACAAUUAAGUAAAGAGUUGGCCUUAGCAGGUUUAUAUGAAGAUGAAAUCAAAGGCAAAUCAUCCAAGAAUGAUAGACCUAAAGCUCCAGUCUUUAGAAGCCCACGAACACCUCCUCAAAUGUUCUAUCCAAAUGAACACGAAUACAGUGGAUUACAUAUAGUUCGACCCUCAACUGGGAAAAUUGUGAGUGAACUUUUUAAAGAGGCAAAGGAACACGGAGCAGUCCCUCUGAAAGAAGCCACGCGAGCUUUAGGGGAUGAAAAAUCUAAGUCUUUUGCAGGUGGAGGAUACAGAUUGGGUGAUUCCUUUUGUAAGCGGUCUGAAUAUAUCGAUGGAGAAAGUCAGCUGCAAGAUGUUCAGAUUUUGCUUAAACUGUGGAGCAAUGGUUUCAGUUUGGAUGAUGGAGAAUUGAGACCUUACAAUGACCCAACAAAUGCUCAAUUUCUGGAGUCUGUUAAGAGAGGAGAAAUUCCCCUGGAGCUUCAGCGACUGGCUCAUGGCAGCCAAGUAAGUUUGGAUAUGGAGGAUCACCAAGAUCAAGAAUACAUAAAACCAAGAUUGAGGUUCAAAGCUUUUAGUGGAGAAGGUCAAAAACUUGGAAGCCUUACACCAGAAAUAAUUAGUACACCUUCCUCGCCGGAAGAGGAGGAUAAGUCAAUAUUAAAUGCAGUGGUUCUCACUGAUGAUUCCAUGCCAACCACAAAAAUCCAAGUCAGGCUAGCAGAUGGGAGUCGUUUGAUACAAAGAUUCAAUAAUACCCACAGGAUCCUGGAUGUCCGAGACUUUAUUAUACAGUCCCGACCUGAAUUUGCAACUCUUGAUUUUAUUCUUGUGACAUCUUUUCCAAACAAAGAGCUAACAGAUGAAAGCCUGACCCUCCAAGAAGCAAAUGUUCUUAACACUGUGAUUCUCCAGCAACUAAAAUAAUUUUGUUUCUGUCCAUGCAGCAGAAUGUAAGGAAGAAUAAUGUGCCAUAUUAGUAAGAAACAUUCCCAGCAUAAAAAGAACUGAAUUAUGUAUUUACUCUUACAGGUAACUUUUAGUUUGUCCGUAUUGUCUUCCCGCUUUAGUGUGGAUGAGUUCAGAGUAGGUGUAGGUCUUCAUAUAAGAAGGGUUGGGUUUUCUGUUAAGGGACUUCCUAAUGCCAAUAACUUCUAAAUAUCCAUAUAAACUAAUUUGGUACAUGUUCACUCUUAAUGUAACAAUAUUUGUAGAGAAACAAAAAUUCCCUUUUGAUAAAUACAUUUGAUAAAAUUUACACUAAAGUUUCUUGAUGCUGCAUUGA